UUCCCCCUUCUAGCUUCCUCACCAUUUCCCUCUCUCUCUCCUCUCUCCUCUCUCCUCUCUCUCCCUAAAAAAAUACCCAAAUGAAAUGAAGAUUCUUUCUCCACUCCCUCUCCACUAAUCAACAUCUUUUCAUUUUCUCUCUCUCCUCUUCUUCUUUCUCUCUCAUCUCGCCAUGUCCACCCUCCAAAGAACCAGAAGCUGCAGCGCCGCCAUUAAAACCACCACAAAGAUCACCCCUGCAGCCUCCCUCUCCGGCCACCACCACCGCCACCGCCACGUCAGAUCCUCCUCCUCCUCCGACGGAUUUUCCGGCAACUUGCUCCUCCAGAAGAAGUCCGGCGACCACCACCACCACCCAGCUGGGAAAUUCUCCUCCCUCUUCCACUCCCUUCUCAGGCUUCUCUCCAUUCCCACCUGUAAAUGGCUCUCCAUCCCCAACCACCUCUCCGCCACCCCCUCUCUCCGCCGUAAAGUCACCGGAACUCUCUUCGGUCACCGCCGCGGCCAUGUCACCUUCGCCGUCCAACUCGAACCCCGGUCUGAACCUGUCUUCCUGCUCGAGUUGGCCGUCUCGACCGCCUCCCUCGUCAAGGAAAUGUCCUCCGGACUCGUCCGCAUCGCUCUCGAGUCCGAAGCUCCGGCCAAUGAAGACGGGCGGCGGAGGCUGUUUGAGGAGCCGAGAUGGACGAUGUACUGCAACGGGAGGAAGUGCGGACACGCCACGUCACGCACGUGCGGAGACUUUGAGUGGCACGUGCUGAACACCGUCCAGAGCGUGUCGGUCGGCGCCGGAGUUAUUCCGGUGGUCGACGACGGCCGUAAAGGCGGCGGCGGCUGCGGGUCGGACGGCGAGUUACUGUACAUGAGAGCAAGGUUCGAGCGAGUCGUAGGUAGCCAUGACUCGGAAGCUUUUUACAUGAUGAACCCCGACGGUAAUGGAGGACCUGAACUCAGUAUUUUUCUACUCAGAAUAUAAAUAAAAUAUCCAUAAGUAAUUAUGGGUUAAAUUUAAAUUUUUGUUUAGGACUCUUUUUUUUAGAUUAAAUGUAUAAUUUAGUGUCUAAUGUUACUGUUAAAUUGCCAAA